AUGGAGCUCUUCUGGUCCCAGGAAGUUGACUCGCUGAUCUUGAAUGCGGCCAGGAAACACUUUGGAAAUGGUGGGAACAUGAGGAUUAAGUACACCCUGCCUCCAUUGGUGUUUGCAGCCUACAAAUUGGCUUUCAAGUACAAAGAACUAGAAGAGGAGGAUGAUAAGUGGGAGAAAAAAUGUCAGAAGAUUUUCCAGUUUUGUCACCAGACGAUAGGAGCCCUGAUAAAGGCAGAGAUGGCCGAGGUCCCGCUUAGACUCUUUCUUCAGGGAGGACUGGCUGCUGGAGAGAUAGGAUUUGAAAACCAUGAGUCUGUAGCAUAUGAAUUCUUGUCACAGGCAUUUUCGCUGUACGAGGAUGAAAUCAGUGACAGUAAGGCGCAGCUCUCUGCCAUCACUUUAAUCAUUGCCACAUUUGAGAAAAUGAAGUGUUUUGGAGAAGAGAACCAUGAACCUCUCAGAACACAAUGUGCUCUGGCAGCCUCCAAACUUCUGAAGAAACCAGACCAGUGUCGUGGUGUGGCUACGUGCUCACAUCUGUUCUGGUCAGGAAAAACGCGAGAGUCCGAAGGGGAAGAGGUCCAGGAUGGUAAACGUGUGAUGGAGUGUCUGAAGAAAAGCCUGAGGAUAGCCAACCAAUGCAUGGACAGCUCUGUCCAAGUGCAGCUCUUUGUGGAGAUCCUCAACCAUUACAUAUAUAUGUAUGAAAAAGGAAAUGACCAGAUGACGGUCCAGGUGCUAAAUCAACUGAUCGGAAAGAUCCGUGAAGACUUGCCUAACUUAGAAUCCAAUGAAGAGACUGAGCAGAUAAAUAAGCAUUUCCAGAACACCAUUGAGCAUUUAAGACUGAGACAGGAGUCACCAGAGAAUGAUGGACCUACUUAUGAAGGUCUCAUUCUUUGAUGUUUCUACAAUCUCAUUAAUGGGAAGUGGACUUUUGAUGUUCUGUGUUCUGGAAAUUUCACACAAAAAAAUCCUCCAAUUAAGUGCAUCAAGAAGUGUUGUUAGCGUAAUCUGUCAGGAUGAUUACUUUGGUGUUAGUUGGAUAUUGUACAUUUUACGUCGGUUCUGUAUGCCAUAUUAAGUGAAAUGUUCAUACAAGGAUUAUCCCAGGAUUUAAAAGGGUCUUGAAGAAAUAUGUACCAUCAUUGGCCCUUUACCAUGACAUUGAGCUCUUCUGGUCCCAGGAAGUUGACUUACUGGGCUGUGGUCUUGUAUUUGUUUUCAUAUAUUGGCACUUAAUGGCAAUGCUGCCUCUGAUCAAUGUACCUACCUGAAUCAUGCAAUGAUGUAUGAAGAUAGAGUAUUGAAUGGUGAGCCUUUUUGGGGAACUUGUUGCUGAAAGGGAUUCAGUUUAAACAUCACACUGUAUGUGAUGGAUAGCUCAGUAGACAUAAGGAGAUAGGGCCAAUUUCUCUUGUCAUUGUUCAUGUGUCGCUUUCUUAAACUUGGUUUUACUGGGGGUAAACCACAGUACCUUUAAUCCCCAUAGAUUGGGAAUUAGCCUAGAAUGCAGAUAGGAUUACAAGUCACCAGGAGUUCAACUACAUCUGUAAGAAAUUACAUUUAUUUAAAACUAUUAUGUCAUAUAUGUACUGCAUGCUGCUAAGUGCAAAUUGUUUUGUAAGAGCAAAAGUGAAAAUGAUUAAAAAGUUUAAAAAUGAAUAAGAAAAAAAUAAAAAUGAAAUAUUUAAGUGUAA